AUGUAUCCUUCCAAAACCGUACAACGUCAUCCACCUUGGGCAACGGAUAAUGGUUACGAGACCCCUCGUGCAAACCAGUGCUCCAACGAUGAAGGCAAACCAAGUAUGGUGGUUAGACCAGAGAAAACCUCGUCCGUUCUAACACAGAACACCGCUCAACCAAAUGGGAUUCGACCGAACGGUGUCCUGGAAGUCGCAAGGCGUGUGAUUGCCGUUUACAGUCCGGUUGCUCAACCACCCGUCACACGUGAAAGCACUUGUGCCGAAACUCAAACAGAUUCGAUUGUUGUGGAAAAAAGUACCGAACAGAAAUGCACGCGGAACAACACAGGACGCAUGGGCUUUGCAGUAAUCCCUGCUAUCUCAUACGCUCCUAGAUACGAUGCUCGAUUCGUUUCUGUGCGACGAAAAUGGUCUAAUGAUUUGACGAAAGCAACCGGAAUAAAGACACGUCCGCCCUUCUACCCACCCGGACCAACAACAACGGCAGCUGCAUGGCUAACCACGCCGCGUAGAGCUCGUAAGAAAAGCAAGAAAAACGAACAAUCACCAACUACCUCGCCGAACCAGACAACCGCUGCUGGAGAUUCAAGCCCAGCGAACGGACACGAGCAGAACGGUCGGGCACGAUCACGGUCACGUGGUCGGAAAAUUUUGGACGCUGCCGUGGCUCGUAUCUCGUUCGGUCGUGCGCGUUCCAAGUCCGUCAGUAAAGCAAAUCUACGAGACAUUGAGAUCAGCGGCCCGAUAUGUGGAACUCGAAUCACUUCGCAGGUGUUUGGAACAAGCACCUUCCUCAACUCAUAUCCGGAAUCGGGCAUGGGCGGUGCUAAUUCCGGUGCUACGGAUCAGCAAGCAAACGAACAGUCUCGCCUUCCGUCCGGAUCGGUUCCCUUGGGCCCCGAAGAACGUGCACAUUUGCUCUCUACACCCCAGAGUUGGGAAGACAUGUCUGUGAGUGUGGUCUUAUACUACUACUACUACUGA